AUGCCUAAAUUCAGUCUUAUUGUUGCAGCUACCGAAGAACUUGGAAUUGGGUAUUUGAAUAACUUGCCAUGGCGUCUUCCCAAAGACAUGGCAUUUUUUAAGCAAGUGACAACAAAGAUACCCAAGAGUGUAGUAAACAAAGAGAAUGUUCAAAAUGCAGUCAUCAUGGGACGUGUCACUUGGGAAUCUAUUCCAUCCAAAUUUCGUCCUUUGGAAAAUCGAUUGAACAUUGUGAUAUCAAGAAAUCCUUCCUAUGAUCUACAACUGGCCAAUGAUAAUCAAAAUGUCAUUCUAGUCAGUUCCUUUGAGGAGGCAUUGGAGAGAAUUGACGAAACCAAGAAUCCACGCGUGUUUGUGAUUGGAGGGGCACAAAUGUAUAGGAUGGCUAUCCACAACCCAGAAUGCGAUAGCAUUAUACUGACAAGAAUCAAAACUCAAGUGAACUGCGAUACAUUCUUCCCAGAGAUUAACAUAAAGAACUAUCGCUUAGCAGAACAUAAAGAACUAGAAGAGUAUGUUGAAGGAACUGUGCCUGAGGGUGUUCAAGAUCAUAAAGACAUGAAAUAUGAAUUCACGUUUUAUAAAAGAAGAUCAUUUUAA